GUCUUGUGCAUUUUCAAGGGAUGGAUCCUCUGGACGGGGCGAUGACAUGUGCGCCUAAACCAUUGGCCCUGCCGGAGGAUGAGCACCCCUGGGCCGUGGCGAUGACGGACGCCCUGGCCUGGGCCAAGAACAGCCGCAAGCGGCCCAGGGAGGACGAGCCAGGCCCCGCCGGCGACGGCCACUACGACCUCCUCCAGGUCUCGCGCUCCGCGAGCGGCGCGGAGAUCCGGAGCGCCUACCGGCGGGGGGCGCUGCUGACGCAUCCGGACAAGGGCGGCAACCCCGAGGAGUUCAAGAAGGUGGUGGCCGCCUUUGAAGUCUUGUCGGACCAGCUGCGGCGCAAAGAGUAUGACCGCCAGCUGCAGAAGCAGCAGAGCCGCGAUGGCCUGUCCGCGCAAACGCCCGCGGAAGCGGGCGAGGAGGCGCCCAGCGGAAGGAAGCUGGUGCUGGGGCGCGCCCGCCUGCUCAUGCUGCAGCUCCUGGAGGAGAUUGGAUGGCAAGAGAAGCUGCAGGCGGCGCCCAGGGAGGUGCUGGAGGCCUUGCUGUCUCAGCUGACCCGCAGAAAAGCCGCGGAGCCGGACGCCAGAGCCGAGGAGGGCGCAGUAUCGAGGGCACCGCGGGAGGUGGACCCUCCCGAGGGCUUGCCUCCAGGCUGGACGUGCUUCGAGUACACCUACAAGUCCGGGCUGCUGAAGGGCAAGAAGUACCUCCGCUUCAAUAGCCCCUGGGGGCAGCAGGGCAUCCUGUCGGUGAAGGCGGCCAUCCGCGCUCACGCUGAGCACAGCGGCCUGGACGGCCUCGCCGCGGCCCGCACCUGGGACGCGCGGCGGUUCUCGGCCGCGCCGGCAGCCGCGACUGCCGGCGGCGACGGUGACGGCGAGGUGCCGCGGGAGCCGCAGAGCGAGAGGGUGCGCACGCAGCAACGCAGUAUCUAUGCUGCGAAGGCCAGCAAUGGCAUCGUCAGGUACUUUGUGCAGCUCAGCUACUCCUCUUUCAUCAUCCGAACGGGGCGCACGCUGCAGCUGGCCGAAGCCAUCGACUGGCACAUCGCCCUGACGCAGACCGUGGCCACCGCCUCGGCGCGGCUGCGGCGAAAGGGUGGAAAUCCACUUCCGCCUCUGGAGCAGAGCGAGCUGCGGCAGCUGUUGCAGGCCGAGCCCAGCAUCCAGCUCUCCUUCCGCAGCGCUUUCUCCUCGAAGCACGGCACCAUCUACAGCCCCACCACGCGGGGUCUCGACCUCGCAGUGCAGCAGUACCACGCGCUGCGAGCACUGGUCAGGAGCAGACCCUCCCGGGAUCGCUUGGCAGCUUGCCGCAAGAAGGCGGCAGACGAGGCGUGCGCCCAUCAGAAGGCGCGGCAAGGCCUGGAGCGUCAGCUUCAGAAGGCAGUGCAAGUGGAGCUGCAGUCACGGGCAUGCGGAAGACUUGGUCCAGUUGAAGGACCUUCACCAGCGCUGCAAGCUCCACCCGUCGAGGCUUCUCAGGAUGCUGCCGCGGCGCUGGAACUCAAGGGGGCGCUGGGCUUAACCUGCGCCGCGGCUCGCCGCCUGGCGGCGCAGCUGCGGUGCCUGCCCAAGGCGGAGCUGAGGAGGCGUGUGAAAGUGCUGCAGCACGCGAAGAGCCCGAAGACAAGCUCGCCGGCAAGGCCGGCCGCGGCUGCGGGUGCAAUCGCGGCGAUCGGAACGAGCCAGGCGGAUGCGGGGAGUUUUACCAUAGUGCCUGCGCCGGGAGCUCGCCCUGCGCCAGCGGGGACUUUGUUUGGCCUGCCUUGCGCCGAUGUGGGGGUGGCACUGCUGGCCUCGCUGAGCUUCGAAGAGCUCUUCAGCCUGAACGGAAUGUGCAAGGCCGCCAAAGCGCUGGUGAGCUACGAGACUUGGCGCCGACUCCGUGACUUUUCAUAUCACCCGAGCCUCUUCGAGCCCAAAACCAAGGCGAGCCGCCGGGGCCGAGUGCUGCCAGCCAACAAGGACAUCGUGGCGCAGCGGUUCCUCCACUUCCUUCGGCAGAAUGCCUGGUGCGUGGAGCGUUUGGACCUCCAGCAAUGCGGCGGUCGUGUCUUGGAGUCUCCGCAGCUCCGGGCCGCCUUACGGGACAUGCCACGGCUCCAGCAGCUGGUGCUGCCGUGCCAUGGCUGGAGCUCGCCCACCGAGAGGCAGCGCUUGCUGUGGCACCUGGCGGAGCAGGUCCAGGUCAUGUUGCCAGGUCGGGCGGCUCCGAAGUGUCAGGUCGGAGCCGAGGCGUUGGUGGGCCUCAGCCAGCUGGUGGAAGGAUGGCAGAACUUCUCGGAGAAGGGCAAGCAGGAGGUCCAUAGCCUGCUGCGUAAGGAGGUGGCGCAGGGCCGGCUGGCGCCGCGCAAUAGCGCCAAAUGGCAGUGGGGGGCUGAUGAUCCGGCACUACAACACGUCCGGGCGCUGUUGGAAUCGAUACUUUAAUUCGACGGAGCAUGGUGAGUAUCCUAUGGUUGACAUGGAAGCUGGUUUUGGGGGUCACCCC